AUGAUAUCCCGUCCAGAAAGUCACAAUUCAGAUAUUGAACGAAUCAAAGAUGAGAUAGUUCAUGAGACUACUCUUGAAAAGACCAAUAGUGAAAUAAAUUUGACUGGGUUCAGAACUAAAUCAGUAGAUUCAACUUCAAAUAUGGCUCCCACUUGGUUCUAUGGUACAACAACCCCAAAAAGAAAUAUUUCAUCCGUAGGAUCAGGAUUAUUGUUGGCUAACAAAGGUCAUGUGGCUAUAGCAUCUCCUGAAGUCAUUCAAAAUUAUCUUUAUCCUAUCAGUGAAGUUUUGGAAUCAAAGAUUUUGAAAUACAGAAAUGAUUUAUCCAGAAUUAUGAGUUCAAAUCCGUCUAGUCAGUUUGCCAAUCCAUUAUUGGUAAUCACGGGUCCUACAUACAUCAGACAUGCUAAUCAGAUUAGAGGAUGUGCUCAAUGGAUUGGGGGGAUGUUAGGGAAAUCUUUUCCUAACUCUACCACUCAAUUAUUUCCAAAAGAGAUAAAGCAAAUUUUCGAAAAGCCUUUCGAAUCCCAAAACUUGAUGUUAUCUAUAAGAGCUAAUUUGACCAACUAUAACCUCAAUUACAAUUCGUCAUUGGCAACAGAUGAUAAUUCAAUUAUGACUUAUGAAGUAGCUAGAGGUAUGCCUUAUUGUAGGGCUUUAUUAGAUGAAAUCAGUGAAAUAUGUCCCAUAGUUGGUGAAACUUCCGAUACUAUUACCCCCCAAUACUUAAGUGACUUGUUUUGUCUUGGAUUAGUGAGUUCAACUUUGGUUGAGAGUCAAUUACAUAGAGAGUUGGCUUCGGGUGCUUCUUAUCCUAUUGGAUUCCAAACUCUGGAUUCCCAACUUAGGUUUGAUAAAUCCAUGUACUCCCAUAGAAUCCAGAAUGCCUUAGAUGCCAUGUUUGCUACCAAACAACAACAUCAGUUCCUUUCUGUCACUAAAGUGGGUACUGUUGCAGUUGUUGGUACCACAGGGAAUGAAGAAACUUUCAUAAUAUUGGAAAUCAACCUCCAGUUAUCCUUUGACGAGCUAGUUGAAUUUAUUGAAAACAAAGUUUAUAAAGACAAGAGGCUCAAUAUCGACACUCCUAGAGUAAUCUUAGAUCUUGGUAAAAUUUCCAACACUGAAUAUGAUCAAAAACUAUCAGUUAUCAGCAAGUUCCUUUCAGAAGAGAGAUAUCAUUUGAAUCGUAAAAUUUUGGGGGUUCUUAUCGAUAGUGGUGAUGAUUAUGUUCCCAAAAACUUCCAAUCUACUUUGGAAACCCAUAACAACGAAUCCUUGGGGAGUUUUGAUUGCAACGAAAGCUUCGAAGAGUUGAAUAGAUAUUUCCAACGUAACAGAAUUAACAGUAACGAAAGAAUUGAACCAUCGUUGCCAGAGCAUUCCUCUUACGAAUACUUCGUGAAUGCUAACAAAAUGAUCCACCAAUUAGAUAAGUUAAGUGGUCUUAGGAUCGAAAGCCUGUCUUACUAG